AUGCAUGAUGAUAUUAUUGUUAUUGAACUUAGUGCUGCUUCAUCUUCAAAAGCACAUCAUGCUCCUUAUCUCCCGUUCAAGGCAAUUGUGGUUUCAAAGGUGGGAUACAAUACAGCAGAAUUCUACAGAUAUCUAUUGUUUUCCUCAGCAGGGUCGCAAUUAAAACAGCAUAAGAUUAGGAUGGGCUUCCACCGCUUCAGACUUCAAUUCUCCCCAUUUACUGCUUGUUGCCGGCCGCUUCUUCGUUUUUUAUUUUUAUUUUUAUUUUUAUCUCGCCAAUAUUCCUCCAACCAUCGGUUCUCCGUUCACUUUCAGCUACUGAGAAGGGAGGGAGACCAUGGCAGGGAAACUGCCAGGGAUCCUUCUUAUCAUGAAAGGGCAAGAAAUUCAGCUAUAAAUCCCGUGCAAGAGGAGCCUCUGUGUUUCACCGGCAAAUGGUACUUCACUAGAGAAGAAAUAGAAGACAAUUCUCCAUCGAGGAGGGAUGGGAUCUCCACAAAGAGGAGUCGCAAUUCACGGAAGUUGUACUGUUCCUAUCUACAAGAGCUUGCAUGGAGCUCAAAGUGCCCCAGGACCAUUGCAACUGCAAUGCUGUUUUUGUCAUCGUUUUAUAUGCGUCAGUCUCAUGCAAAGAAUUAUUGGCAGACUAUUGCUACUGCCAGCAUGUUCUUUGCCAGCAAAGCUGAAGAGACGCCUCGCUGGCUGAGUGAUCUUGUUGUUGUGGCUUAUAAGUUAGCAAAUAAAUGGGAUCCUCUGCUCCACAAAGAAUUAGACAGAGGAUAUUAUGAUAAGCAGAAAGAAACAGUUGUACUUGGAGAAAGGCUUCUGCUGCUACACUUCGUAACAUUGUGUUUGCAGUACAAGCCACACUAUAUUGCGGCUGGUUCUUUAUUUCUUGCUGCAAAACUUCAAAAGGUGAAGCUGCCCCACAACAAAAGGAAAAUGUGUGGUGGCUGCAAUUUGAUGUUUCACCAAAACAAUUAG